GACCUCAGGAGGGGAAACUGAUAUCCCGAUGCGGCUGAGGAAAUCUCGAAAGGGAUGAAAAGGAGGAGACGCGCCCUCGUCUGCCAGCUGAAAAGAAAAAAGUGAAGAAGGUGUGAGGGCGCGCCCAUGGAGAAGAAUAUGAGGGGAUAAAAGAGAAAAGAGAUAAGUGAAGAUGGGAGGUUCAAAAGAAUAGAAGGACGCGACCUAGUCGGGCAGGGCGCGCCCUCUAUGCAUUAUGACUAGCGGAUGAGAGAGUGGUGGUCUAGUGUGGCUUUCACUAUAGUUCGUAAGCGCGCCCUCGAAGGAGGCCGCGCCCUUGGGCACUUAAGCCAUUAUUCGACAAACAGAAUACACUAUAUUAUUAAUUGCAAUUUUAGAUCAAACGCGAAGCAAGUUAAUAUACAGAUAUACAUAUACAUAUAUGUUGACAGCAAGAACAUGAAGAACAGCGGGAAGACGAAAGGACAUGGUGCUAGAUCUAGUAAAAUUCAUGGUGGGAUCUUGCAAAAGAAUAACGAAAAUGUACCUUAGGAGUUGGGGAGUCGAUUUGUUGGACCGAAAUCGCCGGAAAAUUGCCGGAAGAUGGAGUUCUGGUGCCGGAAAUUUGAAAUCGCCGCCUGAGAGAGAGAGUGUAUGGAAAUGAUGAAAUGGAGACGAAGAAGGAGUAUUUAUAGUAGGAGGUUGGAUGUGACAGCUGUCCUCUUGUAACGGUUGUGGCUUUUCAAAUUCAGAAGGGGGAGGUCGCGCCGGUCACGAAAGGCGCGCCCUCUGUUAAGGAUGAGGGAUGCUCUGUGAAGAUUUCCUAGACAUUUGCAAUAUCUACCAAAUCUGGGGAGUACUUGUUGUAGCCGUUUUUAGGCUGUGGGGGAGUAGAGGAGGGCGCGCCCUCCACGGCAUGAUCCCGGGAGGCGCGGCCUCCUGUCUUAAGUGUAGGUGUCGCGUGUCUGAAGUACAGGAAGAAAUAAGUAGUGAAGACCCAAGGCGCGCCCUCCGUGGUCGCGCCCACAGGUGAUGAAUAUGUGUGAGGUUGAGUGAGUCUCGACGACGACCCUUCCGAGGGAUACGAAGACCUACCCUUCCGAGGGAUAUGAAGACUAGUGCCAGAGCUCAUCUGGUAGUUAUCAGGCUCAUCUGGUAGUUCCCGGGUUACGUCCGGGCAUGAUCUAUAAUCCCCAGUCCUGCUAUCUGCCGGGUUGUCCUCGUGCGGGGGCCUGGGGUGAUCAUGGUUGUAGAAGGCCCUCAGGGGUAACACGAAGGCCGAUCAUAUGUCCGGGUCCUGUAUUCUGGUGAGUUAGUCCUCAUUGGGGGACUGGGAUGAUCGUGUAACUUGGCUCCUCGAUUGUCUUAUCUCUUAGUGAGAACCUUCACUAGGGGGUAAGGACGCGUCCCUACGCCUCAUGGAAGUGGUCACGACUCUGUCCGAUGUCUCCUCCAUGUUACGAAGAGUAGCGGUUAGUGUCAUCUCUCGUAGUGGAGGUGAUGCCGUAUCCGUGAUGUACUUGGAUUAGGAUUCUAAGGUAGUUGUCUCAAGGCUUACUUCUAACUGGAGUAGAACUCUAAGUGAUAAGUCUCCGACCCAUGGUUGGUCUUAUCCCCAAGAGGCCUAGUCCUGAUCAAACUAGGAGUCUUGGUUCUAUAGAACUACGUACGGCUUGAUCCCCUAUAUAAAGGGGUACGUAGGCACAUCAAGGGGAUAUAUCGAGAGUUGUGAGAACGAGAGCAGAAAUAUAUUCCCUUGAUCUCAGCCACCCUCAAACACCUAAAACCACCGUCCACGGCGGAUCUCCGUCAUAUAAUCACCGUAAAACACCUAAGUCCGUCAACGAACCUCACGUUUGUUGAUUCACCAAAUUCCUCUAUCAACAGAAACAAAACACAACUUAUCUUUAACUGCCAAACCUAGGUUUUUUAAGCCAUGCAACAUUAUUCAUCAUCAACUUGUAAGAACAUUUGUAACCGAAUUCUCCACCACCGUAACCAACUCCGGCCGACCAUAGGUGGACCAUCAUCGCCGUGUGACAUCUUCAUCAGCCACCGCGGCAUCGACACGAAAGAUAAUGUGGCCGGAUUGUUGUACGAUCAUCUCUCAAGGCUAGGGUUUCGGCCUUUCUUGGAUAGCAAGAAUAUGAAGCCGGGUGAUAAACUGUUUGAUAAAAUUGACACUGCUGUACGACAGUGUAAGCUUGGGAUAUCUGUUUUAUCGCCGCGGUACUGCGAUUCGUAUUUUUGCUUGCAUGAAUUGUCACUGAUUAUGGAGUCGAACAAAAAAUUUAUUCCGAUUUUUGUUGACGUAAAGCCCUCGGAGCUUCGUGUCAGGGAUAACGGGUGUUGCACCGCCGAAAAUCUGAAAAGGUUUUCUUGGGCUCUUCAGGAGGCCAAGUACACUGUUGGCUUAACUUUCAAUACAUCUAAAGGUAACUGGUCCGAGUUUCUGAUGGAUGCGUCUGACGCGGUGAUGAAGAAUUUGCUGGAAGUAAAAGAUUGAUAUAGCUGGUGAAUUGCAAUACUUUAUUUAAUGACUUGCAAAAAUUGCAAGGGGAUCUACAAAUUUACUGAUUCUUUUAACUUAUAAAUUCUCUAAAUGUUUGUUCAUUCAUUUUCUUAUCAUCACUUGUAUUUAUCUUUCUUCGGUAACCUAAU